CUGAGAGACACUCACACUCGACCAGGAUCAGAGGAGUGCAGAGGUGGAGAAUCAGCUAAAUUUCCAUAAAGUAAACACAAUGAAAAUCAUCCAAAGUCGACUCUGGUCUUUGGUGUUUCUACAAGGUUUCCUUACUGGAAAUUUAGUUGAUUCUUCAGCUCUGCCCUCUGCUGCCAACCCAGUGCCCGUCAUGACCCUGGUGGGGAGCCAGGUGGUCCUCCCCUGCAGCUGGAAGGACUCCCAGAAAGAAAUGGCAGCGUCCGGCUGCCACAUCCAGUGGAUGUCUCCGCCGUACACCGUGUUCGAGCAACUUGGAGAAGACAAGUGGCAGGCGGCGGAGUACGAGGGCCGGGUGGAGGUGCCUCUGGAGAAACUCAACUCCGGGGAUUGUUCCCUGAUCAUCAAGGAUGUUCAGAUCGGAGACACRGGGAGAUACGAGAGCUUCCUAGUGGUGGAUGGUGUGAGGUCCCAAAAGAGCAGAGUUUUCAUUCAGAGUGUCAAACUGUCUGUGACAGACCACAAAUCCCACAAGAGUCUUUACCCAGGGGACGACCUGGUUUUGAAGCUGUACACCCCCCACUCAUUUKCAGUGGUCUUCCAGAGCAGGAACAGUUCAGAGUGGGUGAACUUGUGGAAGAGAGGGGAUGAAAACAACAAACGCAUGGAAAAACAUCAUCAGCUUGAACAAUUAACGAUAAAGAAUCUUCAAUACUCUGAUGAAGGAAUAUACAAAGUUUUGGAUGAGGACGACCUCUCUGUCAGCACCAUCCAGCUGUACAUAAGGGAAAACUCCCCGUCAUCGAGAAUCCAAGAAAAGCAGCAAAAUAUUCUGACAGAUGCUGCAGCUACAAGCAGCUAUUCAGCUCUUCUCUUGUCUGUUCUGCUCUCGUGUUUGCAAAUUAUUCAUCUUCACUGAGACRUAUUUUUUGCAGUGUAUCUAUAAUCAAUAUCUACAGAAUUUAGCACUUUAUGACCAGCAGACAGAGAGGAUUUGUAAGUAGGAGAAGUAACAACAACAAGCCUUGCAAUCCUAUGCAUGACUGUAAACCUGAAAUACUUUGAUUAAUAGUCUGGUCCAUUUCUGAUGCUCAACAUUUUAUAAAUGUCAUCGUGUGUUUUUCAAAUUGAUCAUUUGCUUAUGUGCUGGAGGUCRCUUUCAGGUCAUUCAAAAGAACCAUCUUUUAGUUGAUGUUAGUGGAAAAUAUUGCUGCAKUAUGACGAUCCCUUUUACUAUUUAAUUCAUCCAAACUCACUUACAGUAGGCUAUUUUGCAGCUUCUCAAAAAAAAAACAUAACUACAAUAAAUAAAAUAUGUCAAAGCUUCCAAUCAACUUAAAAAGAUGCAGACUGAUACAUCAGUUAAWUUCAAUAAGUAAAAACAAAGACCUAAGAUCUGUAUUAGGGGAGUUUUCAUCUGUCUAGCAGCAGAAAUGUUCUUUUUUAUAUAUUCCAACUGUUUCGCACAUUUGCAAAGUAUUCAUUGAGCCAUUAAAAAUGUUUGGUUCCAGUUACAACGUUUUGUGAACCACUGCUUGCAAAAUGAUAUAGUUCUGUUUGAGGUAUUGUUUUUAUGUCUAUGGAAGAUAGAAAUAGACAGAGUUCUCUUUAUCUCUAUMUAGUUAAUCUACCCAACAUGUAGCUUUAAAUGGGUGUUUUGGUCUUUUUCCUCCAUUCUAUUAAAUACCAACUCUUUAUAAUCAAUUCAGAGUAAUCAACAUGAGAAACCUAGCUAGUUUCCUAGUUUAUAAAAAAAUGUUUGAUAGUUUUGAAGUGUGGUUUUGUUUCUAGGACAUAAGCAGUUAAAAGCUAACUAUGCUACUUAGCUUUUAUGUUACUUAUAAAAGCUAAGUAACAUAGAAACCAGAGGUUGGCAGUGCAUCAUCAAUAUUCGUCUUUGUGWAACAUUCUGAGAACAGAAAGCUUAUGUGGUGUUGGCAUAUUGACAAAAAAUAUUGGGGUGUAAAAAGUUGAACCCUUAUUUUUUAUCAUUACUUAACACCCUUUUGCYACAGAGCCCCUAAAGGGACACUGAAGGAAGAAAUAAACUUUCUCGCACCAGAUACUAUCUUGGACGCACCACAUGCUUUCUCG